AUGUUUCAUGUUCCCACCAAAGGCCGUAGGGAUGUCAAUGGUCUGUGCGGCCACCUGUGGGCCGUGCUGGGGGCGCGGGGCAGUGGAGACGAUGGCAUGUCAAUAAAAAGGACCCAAGCAGCCAGUAAGAUCCAGGCCUUGUGGCGAGGAUUCCUGGUGAGGCAAACUCUGCUGACUGCUGCCCUCAAUGCCUGGGUGAUUCAGUGCUGGUGGAGGAACAUCCUGCACAGGCAGCUUCUUAAACGGCGGCUGGCGCUGCUGAGGAUAUACGUCAUUGAGGAAGAGGCGGCAGUCAGGCUCCAGGCCUGGGUUCGCAUGUGGCAGUGCCGUCGUUAUUUCGGUCAAAUGUGCAACGCGCUCUGUGUGGUCCAGUCCCUCGAGAGCCGCAUUACCUUCAGGAACGAUGACAUCUUUCAGGUUCGAUAUGGAGUUGUUUCCAAGCAGCCUGAGUUCCACAUUGAAAUCCUAUCCCUCUAA